AUGAAUACCCUGCUUGUAUACGAGCAGAUCUGCGGAAACUUUGAGUUCAACAAUGUUCGCUGCUUGGUGCGGGAUCGGGUAUUUUUGGACUUUGAUUACUGCUAUCUGAGAUUUGUGAAUCGAACAUAUAAGUACAUGUCGCUGAAAACCAAACUUCACAAGCUGCCGAUUACUAACACCGUGACCAAUUUCCAGAUAAGGAUGCGCGAGAAUAAGAGAAUCCUGUACAACUUCGAUGUCCGCUUCGAUGCCUGUAAGUUCCUACGCGAUCGCAGCAACGUCAUUGUCAACUGGAUUUUCCAAACAUUCGCCGACUUCUCGAAUUUCAACCACACCUGCCCCUAUCACCAUGAUAUUAUCUUGGAUAAGCUUCCCGUUCAGCAUAUAAACAAUAUCAUCCAGACGGUUGUGCCGGAUGGUCGAUACUAUCUAAAUAGCACCUGGUUUAUCGAUGGCAUUCCGCGGGCCGAUGUAAUAAUCUACUUUACCAAAAGCUAAAUAAACGGAUAUUUAAA